AUGCAUCGAUUUCCGACUAGUGAAGGGAAGGCAAUCGGACAUGUGGAGAAGGAAGUAUUGGCCCUGAUAUUCGCUGGUACCCGUUUCCACAAGAUGCUUUUAGGACGACACUUCCUCCUGCAAACUGAUCAUCAACCGUUGCUCAAGUUUUUCGGCUCAAAGAAAGGUAUACCUGUUUACACAGCAAACCGUUUGCAGCGCUGGGCUUUGACACUCCUGUUGUACGAUUUCGACAUCCAUCACGUUUCGUCAACGAAACGUCAAAUGUCAUCGCAUCAUAGACCCGACGAGGAUUACGUGAUAGCCGCUGUGUACGUCGAAUCAGUAGCCAAAGCAAUUCUCAAUGACACCAACAGCAACCUUCCAGUCACGCACCAGAUCAUUGUGGCUGAGACGCGAAAGGGUCCAGUUCUUCAGCAAGUGGUGGAUUUCCUGAACAAAUGUUGGCCAGUAUAUGCGAAGCAGAGUUCUGAUCCUGAUGUCAAGAAGUUUUUCGCCAGACGAGAUGGACUUCAAUUCGUCAGCAAUUGUGUUAUGUUCGUACCAACAAAGUUUCACAAGCGCGGAUCGUUCGUCAGUUGCAUCGUGGAGCGGAUGAAGUCUUUGGCCCACAGUUGCAGCUACUGGCCUACUGACAAGCCAUGGUAG